AUGAAAACUCAGCAAAAUCAACCGAUCUUGGUGGACGAAAAAAAUUAUUAUGACCUUGGCUCCCACUCUCGGGUGGUGACUACAUCCUCGCCGAAUGCCCAACUGUGGUUCAAUCGCGGUCUGGUAUGGGCAUACUCUUUCAACCAUGACGAGGCAGCGCGAUGCUUCGAACGGGCGGCUAGGAGUGACUCUGCUUGUGCUGCGGCUCUGUGGGGAAUUGCCUACGCAACCGGGCCAAACUACAACAAGGCUUGGAAGUUUUUUGACCCACAAGACCGCAAAGCUUCAAUCCAAAAGGUUCACGAUGUACUAGCAAAGGCGCAUGAGUUGGCAAAUGAGGCCACACCAGUUGAGCGAGCAUUGAUUCAAGCAAUCGGCUCUCGGUUUCCGCCAGUCGACAACAUCCCCGAUGACUUGAGCCCUUAUGAUCGUGCAUAUGCGAAUGCCAUGCGUGGCGUAUAUCAAAAAUUCGGCAAUGACAUGGACGUGGCUGCCCUGUUUGCGGAAGCACUUAUGUGUAUCACCCCGCGCGGUCUAUGGGACUUGGACACCGGCAAGCCUACUGGCGAUCACACAGUUGAGGCCCGCGAAGUGAUUGAGCUGGGGCUGGAGCAGCCGUCAGGUCGCGAUCACCCUGCCCUGUGUCAUUUAUACAUUCACGAGAUGGAGAUGUCGCCGUUUCCUGAGCUGGCUCUGCCGGCGGCAGAUCGAUUGCGUGGUAUGGUUCCGCAUGCUUCACACAUGCUCCACAUGCCAACGCAUAUUGAUGCUGCAGUGGGUGACUAUCGCCGCGGUGUCGACUCCAAUCACGAGGCAAUUCUUGCCGAUGAUAUCUACUUUGCGAAUGAACCAGGCACCGUUACUUACACCGCGUACCGGGUGCAUUACAUAUGUGCGAAAUUGUAUUCUGCCAUGAUGUCCGGUCGGUUCGUGGAUGCGAUGUCCGCUGCGGAGAAGCUUGAGCAAGUCAUUGAUCAUAGACUCCUGUCAAUCAAAAGUCCUCCGAUGGCAGACUCAAUUGAAAGCUUUGUAGCGAGCAAGGCACACGUUUUGGUUCGCUUUGGUCGCUGGGAAGAGAUUCUAAAGCUCAAGAUUCCCAUUGAUCGUCAAACAUACUCAGCAACUACGGCGAUUAUUCUUUAUACUCGCGGUUUGGCCUUUGCCGCACUUGGACGUGUUGAAGAAGCAGAGAGAGCUCAGUUGGAGUUUGAGCAGGCACGCGUUGCAGUUCCCAGUACCAGACUCAACAGUAUCCCAUGCAAGGAAGAGGAUGUUCUUCGAGUCGCAUCGGCCAUGCUUGCAGGGGAGUUAGAGUACCGGAGAGGAAACAUAGAGCAGUCAUUCUCGCUCCUUCGAGAGGCCAUCAGACGUGAAGACGGACUUGCUUAUUCUGAUCCACCUCCUUGGAUGCAGCCAGUCCGCCACGCUCUCGGUGGUCUGCUCCUGGAGCAGGGCCGCGUUGAGGAGGCAGAGUCACUGUUCAAAGAAGACCUGGGAUUCGCCUUGGACUACCCUCGGCGACGAGCAAAGCUCAACAACGUUUGGGGUCUGCACGGCUUGCUUGAAUGUUUCAAUAGACUUGGCAAGACUGCUGAAGCGGCUUUCAUCCAGCCUGCACAUGACAUUGCUCUAGCAUCUGCUGAUGUACCCGUGAAAGCCUCAUGCUACUGCCGUGUUUCUGCGGUGCGAGAGCGUAGCUGUUGCACAUGA